AUGUGUAACACUGAACGGAUGUCGCCAGUAAGUGUAGAUUCUGGUUUUGAUUCGUCGUUUCCAUCUUCGCCGGACUGUUCAUUAGAUUCGCUAAUUUGUGCUAGAAAUAUGGAAAUGACCAAAUAUUGCAAAGAUUUUAAUUUGAAGCGACGACCUUCAGCAGUUUCAUUCAUAUCUGAUAUUUCUCAGUGUUCACUACCAUUUUGUCAGCCAUCAUCUUCUUCAACAAUUAGCCAGACAUCAAGUGGUAUUAUUACUACUAGUAGUUUGGAAUCUACUGAUACAAAGACCAAUGAAAAUUUCCUUUUUAACUCAUGUAUUGCUGAAAAAUCAGUGGUGAUAGCAUCGAGCGUUAGAACUGGUCAAAAUUCCGAAGUCUCGUCGUUAGUAACAUUAGAUGACAGUCUAGAAUUAGUAGCGGAUUAUUUAACAGAAUCUUCAUCUACAAUUUCAUGUACAGAAGUCCUUGAACUUGAUUUAAAGAUACGUUGUCGCUGGAAGACUUGUAGUGAGCGAUUUGCAUGUGAUAACGAUUUAUAUGAUCAUGUUGUUAAGACCCAUCUUAAACCUUUACGACCGUCGGAUUGCAAUAGUAAAAGUAACGGCGGUGGAUGCUUGCAAAUCCAAACGAAAGGACGUUUAAAAAAUCUAAUGUGUCAAUGGGGGAAAUGUAAAAUGGGUUUAAGUCGUGGUGAUUACCAGAAACAGUUUGUUUGGUUAGAGGAACACUUUACAACACGGCAUGCCGGUAAAGCUCAACCUUACAUGUGCUUAAUUGAAGGUUGUUCGUCGAGAUUUACACUUAAACGUUUACUUGAAGAACAUCUCAGGACAGGUCAUGAAAAAGCCAAAGUGAAACGAGGCCAUACUGAGGAAGGUGACUUAGCGAGACUGAAGUCAUGUUACGAAUGGACGCCACUGCCGUACUAUAUACCAAAUGAGAAUGAUUUUUUGGACAAGGCCACAGAAGAAUGGAUUGUAAUGAGGCUACGACAAUAUGAACGGACAAAUAAUGCGUGUUUCAUGACUCGGGAGCCAGUGGCACCUCGAGGUGGUGCUGCGUAUCGCAAAAGACGUCGCAUACUUACCUUUGCAAUCGAACCUCUAAAAAUUGAUCCAAAGGCAUAUGUUAUUCCCAAUGCAAUCGAAUUGGCAAAUGCCAAAUCACUCUUCAAAAAUACUUUUAUUCCUGCAAAAAAUCCCAAAGAUUGUGUGACUGAAACAAAGAUGGAUACAAACUAA